AAGGAAAAUGGUGAGGAAAACAGUUAAAUCACGCAAUGUGAGUCCGAUUAUAUCAAGUGAUGACAGUUACGAUUGAGAUGGGUCCCUGUGCUACGGCGCAUAUGGGAAAAAAAUUGACGGAAGCAAUGGGAAAAUGACAGCUAGCUAAGAAUGGAAACGAGGAUGGAAUGAAAGAAGAGAACCAACAAACCCAGACACAUUUCGUAUUUCGCAUUCCGCGUGAUCUCCGUAGCAGCUGCCCAAGUUCCAACCUUCUCGAUCGUCACAAUUUACAAACUUCCGUGGCUUUUUUGCGUUUGAAGGCAUCUCCGAUCAGCGAACUAAAAACACGAAUUUCCUUACACCUUUUGAAUCUUGGAUGAGAGCGACAUGGAGGGCCUGCGACGGAAUUUCCGAUAUUAAAGGGCCUUGUUGUUCCAGUAACCAAUAGUAAACGAAGGCCAUUGUUCUGGUGUAAUGCGGGAGAAAAAUACAUGUUAGAGCAGGAUGAAGAAAAGAGUGGGCGGUGGCGGGCAUCAUGUAUGGGCGCAGAAGGUGGCGCUGCUGUUAUUAGGCCUCACAUGUCUUUUGGUGAUGGUGAAGCUGCAGACACAGUUCAGAAUGGGCUUACAGCCAAUUCGGAAUGUACCCCAAAUAUAUGUGGGUAAAGGAAAGGUCGCCUUUCUCUUUCUCGCCCGGAAUCGUCUUCAUCUGGAUUUCGUCUGGCACCACUUUUUCGCGGGCGCAGUGGAACCGGAUUUUUCAAUUUACAUCCAUUCGCAGCCAGGGUUUGUGUACAAUCAGAUCACAACAACGUGCACGUUUUUCCAUGGAAGGCACAUUAGUAACAGCAUACGGGUAGGUUGGGGAGAAGCCAGUAUGAUAGAAGCAGAGCGUAUUCUACUGAGGAAAGCACUUGAGGAUCCAGCUAAUCAGAGAUUCAUUUUGGUGUCAGAUAGUUGUGUACCUCUCUACAACUUCAGCUAUAUUUAUGAUUAUGUCAUGUCAUCUCCAAAGAGUUUUGUUGACAGCUUCCUAGAUCCAAAAGGAGAGCGUUACAAUCCAAAAAUGGCUCCAGCUAUCCCAAAGGACAAAUGGCGGAAAGGCUCACAGUGGGUCGCACUUGUAAGAAAGCAUGCAGAGAUAAUGGCAGCAGAUAAUACUAUCUUUCCAGUCUUUCAGCGACAUUGUAAGAGAAGGCCCCCACUACCAGAGCAUUUGAGAAAGCAGCCUCAGCCCGCGGUUGUCCAAAAAGAGCAUAACUGUAUACCUGAUGAACAUUAUGUGCAAACUUUGCUAUCUAUGAAAGGUCUUGAAGACGAACUUGAGCGCCGGACCCUGACCUACACUUUCUGGAAUCAGUCUAAAAGCAAAAUUGACAUGCAAGGAUGGCACCCUGUCACAUUUAAACAUUCAGAUGUUGAUGGAAAAUUUGUGGAGAAGAUCAAGGGUGCUGAUCAUGUGUAUUAUCCUACCGAAUAUCGAACAGAAUGGUGCAGCAGCAAUAGAACAUUGCGUCCAUGUUUUCUAUUUGCAAGGAAAUUCACUCGGGGUGCGGCUUUCCAGCUAUUAAAUCAUGUUCACUUGGAUGGCCAUUUCAGAACAGUUCCUGGUCACCAGUCGGGACCUUUGUCUUUGUUAAAAGCUAAUCUUACAAGUUCUAAAAGUGGCCCAUUUGGGCGUGCUCGCUAGAAAAUUAACAACAUACCUAGAAUUUGUGGGGUGUUCAUGUAUUUUUUCUUUUUUAUUUUGAGAAUUAAUCCAUGAGUUCUCUUAGACAAUUCUUGGUGGUCGGUAAAAUCAGUGGGUAUAGGAGCUUGUUUAUCCAUUGUUUAAAGAGCUCUGUAGUUCUUGGAUCUAAGGACCGAGUUAGCACCAACGGAGGAGGUUAUAGUAUUUGCUAAAUCAAAUAUAUCAUACAUGCACCAAGCAUCCAUAUCCUAAGUCUUUUGGUUAUCAUGGAGGUGCAAUGCUGAGGAAAAGUUCGACGUGCUUGUAAAAAAUUGAAUACGGACAUCUUGUUUCUUUGAGUUUAAAACAAUAAAAUCAUCAAUGUUGCACAA